UGAUUUGCCUCUGUAUUUUCUUGCCUGAGAUAUUUGGUCAGGCAGAUAUAUUUAAAUUUGGAACUGCAGGGAACCUCAGCCAUUCUGGCCUCAUAGGGAACAACUCUGAAGCAGGACCUUUACUGAAAUCCUGGUGAUCUACCCUGGUUACUUCCUCUCUUGAAAAUGUUUUGCGGGGAAUAUGUCCAAGGAACCAUCUUCCCAGCUCCAAAUUUCAAUCCCAUGAUGGAUGCCCAAAUGCUAGGCGGAGCACUCCAAGGAUUUGACUGCAACAAAGACAUGCUGAUUGACAUCCUAACACAACGCAGCAAUGCACAGCGGCAGAUGAUAGCUGGGACCUAUCAGAGCAUGUAUGGCCGGGACCUGAUUUCAGUUCUGAAGGAACAACUUUCAUCUCACUUCAAAGAAGUGAUGGUGGGCCUGAUGUAUCCUCCACCAUCUUAUGAUGCUCAUGAGCUCUGGCAUGCCAUGAAGGGACCAGGAACUGAUGAGAAUUGCCUCAUUGAAAUAUUAGCUUCAAGAACAAAUGGGGAGAUUUUCCAGAUGCGAGAAGCCUACUGUUUACAGUACAGCAAUAACCUUCAAGAGGACAUUUACUCAGAAACCUCAGGACACUUCAGGGAUACUCUCAUGAACUUGGUCCAGGCAAACAGGGAGGAAGGAUACUCUGAUCCUGCAAUGGCUGCUCAGGAUGCAAUGGUGCUGUGGGAAGCCUGCCAGCAGAAGACUGGGGAACAUAAAACCAUGAUGCAGAUGAUCCUGUGCAACAAGAGCUACCCACAACUUUGGCUGGUUUUCCAGGAAUUUCAAAAUAUUUCUGGCCAAGACCUGGUGGAUGCCAUCAAUGACUGUUACGAUGGUUAUUUCCAGGAGCUGCUGGUUGCUAUUGUUCGUUGUAUCCAGGACAAACCAAGCUAUUUUGCUUAUAAAUUAUACAGGGCAAUCCAUGAUUUUGGCUUCCAUAACAAAACUGUCAUCAGGAUUCUCAUCGCCAGAAGUGAAAUAGACCUAAUGACCAUAAGGAAACGUUACAAAGAGAGAUUUGGAAAAUCCCUCUUUCAUGAUAUCAAAAAUUUUGCUUCAGGGCACUAUGAGAAAGCACUACUUGCCAUCUGUGCUGGUGAUGUGGAAGACUACUGAAAAGAGGGAGAGUUUGAAGGUGAUGCGAUCUUCUUUAUAGGCACCCGACAUAGACUGCUGAACGCGUGCUGUAUUCACACUGAAACAGAACUAUAAAAUCAAAUUUUUCUUCUAUCUCUACAAUUAUUCUGAGACAAAAAUCUCCUCUGUUGGAAAUGUGUAAUCCUAGAUUUGUAGCCCUUAUUCAAUUAGUAAUCAAUUAAACUGUAUAUGGUAGAAUAAGAAAAGCACUGCAUUGGAAUCAAUUUUAUUUACAUGUGAACUGUCAGUUCCUACAACAAGAAAAUCUGACAGGACUGUUUUAAUAUCAGUCUGAAAUGUGGAAAAUUGACCACUGUCUGUGUGACCACCAUCCAUAUUAUGGUCACCAUUAGUGCCUGAUCACCCUCUGUGUGUGACCACUGUCAAUGUGACCACCAUCCAUGUUAUGGUCACCAUUAGUGCCUGAUCACCCUCUGUGUGUGACCACUGUCAGUGUGACCACCGUCCAUAUGUGUUCACCCUCAGUGUGUAAUAACUCUCAGUGCAUGAUCACCCUCAAAGAAAUUGCCUGGACUCUUGGACAAACAAAACAAAGCUGAAGCAAGGGCCUAGAAUAGCCUUGUAAUGAAAAUAGAUAAUCACAAAUAAACUAUACCAAGAGGCAUACUUUCUGAAUUAGUUGUACUAAAACUUGAAUAAAAAGUAAGGGUUUGCGUGC